AUGGCUGUGACAUCAACUGUUUGGGCCACGCCGAUUGUGCCUGUAAACAACGCGUCGCAGUCACGCGUUGUCAACAAAUCUCAACUUAAUUCUGACCUGAACGUCAACCAACGCGUUUUAUCAACGAGACACGACAAAUCGACCUACUACGACAUGAGCUCGUCAGAAGGCGAGAAUUUCGACAUGGAUGUGUCUGGUUCGGAGUCUGAAGACUACGCACCAGUGAAGAAGACUACCGCGAAGAAAGCUGCGACGAAGGCUGCGCCUAAACCGAAGGCAGUUGCUGCGAAGCCGAAAGCGAAAGUGGCACCCAAGAAGAAAGUUUUGGUCGAUCACGACGACAAUGCCAACAGCGGAAUGGAUGUGGACGAAGACGACGAAGUAUCGGACGACCCCAAUCCCAAGGCUUCUACCAGCCGACCGGAAACUGGCAAUAAGAAGAAGAAAUCCGCUUCAGAGACGUAUACAAAGUUGUCUCAACUAGAGCACAUCUUGAAGAGGCCCGACUCCUACAUAGGAAGCGUAGAAACCAUCACACAAGCUAUCUGGACCUAUGACGCAGAGAUGAAACGCAUGGUUCAUCGUGAUGUCAAAUAUGUGCCAGGUUUCUUCAAGAUUGUGGACGAAAUUUUGGUCAAUGCGGCGGAUAAUAAGAUCAACGAUCCCAGCAUGGACACUCUCAAAGUCACUAUCGAUGUCGAGAACAGCACUAUCUCGGUGUACAACAAUGGGCGAGGCAUCCCCAUCGAGAUCCAUUCUCAAGAGAAGAUCUAUAUUCCAGAGUUGAUUUUCGGUCACCUCCUUUCUUCCUCGAACUACGACGAUGACGAGAAGAAACUUACCGGAGGCCGUAAUGGCUACGGCGCGAAACUCGCAAACAUCUAUUCUCAUGAAUUCACCGUCGAGACUGCAGACAAGAACACACAGCAGAAGUACAAACAAACCUGGACCAACAACAUGAGCACAUGCGGCAAGCCAAAGAUAACGAAGAAUACAAAGGGCGAAGAGUACACUUGCGUUACCUUCAAACCGGAUUUGAAGCGCUUUGGUAUGGAGUCGAUCGACGAGGACACUGCAAGCCUUUUGCGGAAGCGAGUAUACGACAUGGCUGGAACGGUUAAGGAUAUCAAGGUCUUCCUGAACGGCGAACGUCUGAAGAUCAAGAAUUUCAAGCAGUACGUGGAAAUGUACAUCAAUUCAGCACAAGCCGUGGCUGCAGAGAAUUCUGGUGGUGCCGCUCAAGCCAAACCAAUGGUCAUCCACGAAAUCAUCAGCCCACGAUGGGAAGUGGCAUUCGCUGUUUCUGACGGCACUCCCCAACAAGUCUCCUUCGCCAAUUCUAUUUCCACGAUCAAAGGAGGAACUCAUGUUACCUACAUCGCCGAUCAAAUUUCGAAGACCUUGGUGACCGCCAUCCAGAAGAAGAACAAGGCUGCUGCUGUCAAGCCUGCUCAAAUCAAGAGUCAUAUGUGGAUAUUCGUCAAUGCCUUGAUUGAGAACCCCACAUUUGACAGUCAGACGAAGGAGACUUUGACCCUACCGGCGUCCAAGUUCGGCAGUAAGCCAACUUUGUCGGAGGAUUUCUUCAAGAAAGUUCUCAAAUCGGCCAUAGUUGACAACAUUUUGAACUGGGCAAAGUUCAAGGCUGACCAGCAGAUCAAGAAGACGGACGGAGCCAAACGAAAUAGGCUUCUGGGUUUGACCAAGCUUUCUGAUGCCAAUAAUGCUGGGACGAAGCACGGUCAAGACUGUACCCUCAUCCUCACGGAAGGAGACUCUGCCAAAGCCCUGGCCGUUGCCGGCCUUGGUGUUGUCGGCAGAGAUAACUUCGGUGUCUUCCCUCUUCGCGGUAAAAUCCUCAAUGUGCGCGAGGCGAGACAUGACCAGAUCAUGAAGAACGAGGAAAUUCAGAACAUCAAGAAAAUCAUGGGCUUGCAGCAUAACAAAGACUAUUCGAAUACCGUCACUCUGCGCUAUGGAAGACUUAUGAUCAUGACGGAUCAGGACCACGAUGGUUCUCACAUUAAAGGACUGCUUAUCAACUUCCUCGACCACUUCUAUCCGUCUUUGUUGAAGCUGCCCGAUUUUUUGGUCGAGUUCGUCACGCCCAUCGUUCGCGUCACGAAAGGAAAGCAGCGUAAAGACUUCUUCACUAUCCCUGAGUACGAACAAUGGAUGGAACAGACGCCGGACGCGAACAAAUGGGAAUCAAAGUACUUCAAGGGUCUGGGAACAAGCAGCGACGCAGACGCUCGAGAUUAUUUUGCCCACAUGGAGAAGCACAUGAUCCCGUUCGCGCCAACACAAGAAGGCGACCGCGAACUCAUCGACCUUGCGUUCAGCAAGAAGAAAGCCGAUGACCGAAAGGAAUGGCUGCGCCAGUUCAAGCCCGGUACCUACCUCGACCAUCGACUCGAAGAAAUUCCGUUCUCGGAAUUCAUCAACAAGGAGCUCAUCCUGUUCUCCAUGGCGGACAACAUCCGUUCGAUACCCUCCGUGGCAGACGGCCUGAAGCCAGGCCAGAGGAAGGUCAUUUGGGGUUGUUUCAAGCGGAAGAUGAAGACUGAGGUCAAGGUCGCCCAGCUGGUGGGUUACAUCGGCGAGCACGCGGCGUACCACCACGGCGAGCAAAGUUUAGCGACGACGAUUAUCAACUUGGCGCAGGAUUUCGUGGGCAGCAAUAACGUGAACCUGCUGAAACCGUCUGGUCAGUACGGUACGCGUGACACGGGUGGUAAGGACCACGCCGCGCCGCGUUAUAUCUUCACGCAGCCCAUGCCUCUUGCGCGUAUCGUGUACAACCCCGCGGAUGACAUGUUGCUCAACCAGCAGCGCGACGAUAACAUGCCCAUUGAGCCGGAAUUUUACAUGCCCAUCGUCCCGCUCGUGCUCAUCAACGGUGCUGAGGGUAUCGGUACAGGUUGGAGCACGAGCAUCCCCUGUUACAACCCAACCGACAUCGUCGCCAACAUCCGGCGACUGAUGAACGACGAGGAGAUGGUGCCGAUGACACCGUGGUGGCGCGGGUUCAAGGGCGAGAUCAAGCUCUCGGCGAAGAACAAGUACGACUGCUUCGGAGUCGUGAAGAAGCUCAACGACACGACCGUCGAGAUCACGGAGCUGCCAGUGCAUAAAUGGACGCAGAACUUCAAGGCUGAGCUGGAGGCGAUGAUUCUGGGGGAUAAGGAGAAGAAUAAGGAGGGUGUUAUCAAGGAUUACAAAGAGCACCACGACAACUUGAACGUGCACUUCGUCGUCACGAUGAACGCAAAGGACCUAGAGAAGGCAGAGGAGCAGGGACUGAUGGAGUUCUUCAAGCUGUCGUCGAAGAUCAACACGAGUAACAUGAUCUGCUUCGACUUUGAGGGCAAGAUCAAGAAGUACGACACUCCUGAAGAGAUUCUGGAGGACUUUUAUCCCGUGCGGCUGGCGUACUACCAGAAACGCAAGGACUACCUCGCCAACGAGAUCCAAACCGCCUUCGAGAAACUCACGAACCAAGCACGCUUCGUGCAGAUGAUCAUUGACAAGCAGCUCGUCGUCUCUAAUCGGAAGAAGAUCGACAUCGUCGCGGACCUGCGCAAGCACAAGUUCCGACCAUUCCCCAAGGCCAAGGGCAAACCCCCUGGGGAGACGGAGCCUGCAGCGGAAGACGAAGACGAGGAAGAGGAGACGGGCGCUAAUGAGAGCGGUGCCGAUUUUGAUUAUUUGUUGGGUAUGGCUAUCUGGAGUCUGACGAAAGAGAAGAUCGAAAAGCUGCGCACUCAGGCGGCGGAGAAGGAGGUUGAACUGCUGGCGUUGCUGGAAAAGUCGCCGAAGGACUUGUGGAAUACUGACCUGGAUCAUUUCUUGCAAGAGUGGGAGCGCGACUGCAUCGAGUUCGAGGAGAAGAAGGGCAAAGACGCGAAAGGCAAGAAGGUGAAGAGGAAGCAGGCAGUUCUGCGGACCCGUAAAUCGAUUGGCACGCGGCGGGACUCGGACGACGAUGACGACUUCAAGCCCAUCAAGGCGCCUGCGGCUAAGCGGAAGCCUGCUACAGCGCCUGAGUCGAAGAAAGCCGUUGCUGGACCGUCGAAGGUGAAGGAAGAGGUGAAGAAGGAAGACGAGGUGCCCAAACGCGCAGCGGCUGGGAAGAAGCCGCAGUAUAUCGCGAGUGAUGACGAUGACGAGUACGGUGAUUUGCCUGCCCCACCUUCCAAGGCAAAAGAGGCGCCGAAGAAGGCGGCAGGGCCGUCUAAACAGGCGGACGAAGCGCCCAAGCGGCCGGGGGCCAAGAAGAAGGCGAUUGAUCUUACGGACAGUGACGAGGACGAAUACGAUGAACCGCCUCCUUCCAAGCCGAAGGCAAGGAAGGCAGGGAAGCCCAAGUCGGAAUCGGAUUCGGAUGUCGAGAUUGUGCAGAAGGCAGCAGCGCCUAAACGCAAAGCAGCUGCCAAGGCUAUCAAGGUAGACUCUGAGUCGGAGAUUGAAGAGUACGAGGUGCCGUCUAAUUCGAAAGGCAAAGGGAAAGCACCGGCUAAGCGGAAAAGCCUUGGAUCGUCGGAAGUGUCGUCGGAAGACGAGCUGGCAGUGUCGAAGCCGGCGAAGAAGACGAAGACGACGGAUGGUGAGAAGAAACCGGUAGUAAAACGCCUCGCGAAAGCAAUGAAGCCUGCGUCGCCGCCGAAGCCGAAGAAGGGGCCUGCGAAGAAAGUGGUAGAGAGUGACGAGGACGAGAUAGACUACGACGAGGUGCCGCGUGCGCCUGCACCCAGCCGGGCAGCGAGGGCGCCUGCGCGCAAGUAUGUCGAGAUUGAGAGCUCGGGGUCUGAGGACGGGUCUAUGUUUGUUGACGAGUAA